AAAACUAUAAUAAUUUACCUUCAGAAAACUAUAAUAAUUCACCUUCAAAAAACUAUAAUAAUUUACCUUCAGAAAACUAUAAUAAUUCACCUUCAAAAAACUAUAAUAAUUCACCAAAAAACUAUAAUAAUUUACCUUCAGAAAAUUAUAAUCAUUCACUUUCAGAAAACUAUAAUAAUUCACCUUCAGAAAACUAUAAUAGUUUACUUUCAGAAAACUAUAAUAGUUUACUUUCAGAAAACUAUAAUAAUUUACUCUCAAACAUAUAA